AUCCCCAAAAAUAAAAUUACAGAAUUACAAAGCACUAAAAUCGACACAACCAAUGCAUUAUUUCCCUACGCAACAACAUUCUUCAACAUCAACACGCCUUUACCAAAUAAAAGCCCACCAUUUAUGCUUUGCUUUGUACCUUUGGAGUAUUAAAUUGUCAAAAGCAGAGAGGCCGUGAAUGUGAUAGACGCUUUUGUUGAAAAAUUUGUAAAGGAAGACGGAGUGUGUGUAUGUGUAAAUGCUGAGAUUGAGUUGAAGUUUGGGAGAAGAGGAGUGGUUGCAGAGAUGGUGGUGAGAAAAGUCGGGAAAUACGAGGUUGGGAGGACGAUCGGGGAAGGGACAUUCGCCAAGGUCAAGUUUGCUCAGAACACCGAGACUGGGGAGAGUGUCGCCGUUAAAGUACUCGAUCGCAGCACAAUCAUCAAGCACAAGAUGGCCGAUCAGAUUAAGAGGGAGAUAUCUAUACUGAAGCUUGUCCGGCAUCCUUACAUCGUCCGUCUGUAUGAGGUUAUAGCCAGCCGCACUAAGAUAUAUAUCAUCCUGGAAUUCAUUACAGGAGGUGAAUUGUUUGAUAAAAUAGCUCAUCAUGGACGUCUUAGUGAAGCUGAAGCUAGGAAGUACUUCCAACAGCUCAUAGAUGGUGUGGAUUUUUGUCACAGUAAAGGAGUCUACCAUAGAGACUUAAAGCCUGAAAAUCUUUUACUUGAUUCACAAGGAGAUUUAAAAAUUUCGGACUUCGGUCUUAGUGCAUUGCCAGAGCAAGGGGUUAGCCUCCUCCGGACAACAUGUGGGACUCCAAAUUAUGUAGCUCCUGAGGUACUUGCUCACAAGGGUUAUGACGGUGCUGUAGCUGAUGUUUGGUCCUGUGGGGUUAUCCUUUAUGUUCUGAUGGCAGGAUAUCUUCCAUUUGAUGAUGUUGAUCUUACCUCUUUAUACAGUAAGAUUGAGAGAGCAGAGUUCUCAUGCCCGUCUUGGUUUUCAGUUGGUGCAAAAUCCUUGAUCCAGAAAAUUUUAGACCCAAAUCCUCAGACACGUAUUACCAUUGAGCAGAUCAGGAGUGAUGAGUGGUUUAAGAAGAGUUAUGCUCCUGUCGGACUUCUUGAUUUUGAAGAUGUGAAUCUGGACGAUGUAAAUGCAGUUUUUGAUGAUCCCGAGGAACAAAGAGAGAGCGAUCCAUGUGGGAAUGAGGAUAUGGGUCCAUUAAGUCUUAAUGCAUUUGACUUGAUAAUAUUGUCUCAAGGUUUAAAUCUUGCAACAUUGUUUGAUCGGGGAAAGGAUGCUAUGAAGUAUCAGACACGCUUUGUUUCUCAAAAACCUGCAAAGGUUGUUUUAUCAAGUAUGGAAGUUGUUGCUCAAUCAAUGGGAUUCAAAACACAUAUACGCAAUUACAAGAUGAGAGUGGAAGGUCUAUCAGCUAGCAAGACUGCUCAUUUUUCUGUUAUAUUGGAAGUUUAUGAGGUUGCUCCCACUUUUCUUAUGGUAGACAUUCAGAAAACGGCAGGAGAUGCUGGUGAAUACCUCAAGUUCUAUAAAAACUUUUGUAGCCAUCUUGACGAUAUCAUCUGGAAACCACCUAGUGAAUCUAACAAAUCAAAGGUCACGAAGACGAGAAGUAAAAAAUAUUAAAGUAGUUUCCUGUAACAUUUUCUACCCCAUAGGUUUUUUUGGCAGACUCACAAUUAGAGAUAUAUGAUCGCAUUUAGCUAACCCUAAAAUGAAGAAAGAGAACGUGUUUACACUUUUUUGUGCAAGUAAUGUAAAAAAAAAUCUAUUUAUUUGUUGUUUAAUCUCUUGCCUUUGUAACUCUGUUUUGUUGUAAACAGUACAAGCUUGCAGUUGUUUAUUCAUUUAUGUGAGUUGAACCUUGAAUACAUGACUUCUUUAAGUUAA